AAGCAUUAUUGAAAUUACCAGGAAGGACAGGUUGACAAGUCGAAAAAUUAUCUAAUCUACGGUCAAGAUCAGAAGUGCUACAACACAUUUGCUCGUAUAAAAGGGAGUGCUAAACGUACGUUGAAAACGAACGUUCAAAGUGAGUAAGUUACAGAGAUUUUACAAGUUAGUAGUGUGAAUAUAUAUAACAUGCAUGUUUUAUUUAUCGUUUUCAUAACAACCUGCGUCAUUACAGUUGUCUCUAGUAAUGACGAUGUGUCGAAAAUUGGCAAAGGAAAGGAAAAGCCGAAGCAACUAAACGAGGUGUGUGCUCAAGAAAAUGGAUUUAACUUAACAAUGUAUCACGAAAUAGCAACGCAUAAGCAUUUUGUGCCGACCCAGCCAAUACGUUGUUUUGUCUUUUGUAUGUAUAAGAGAAUUGGACUUAUGAACGAGGAUACAUCGUUAACUCAAAAGUUUUACGACACCGAAGGUGCACACAAAUGCACGCACAUAAGUGGCAAUGAUGAAUGUGAUACUGCCUACAAAAUAAUGGAAUGUGUAACUAAACAUGAAAUAUGGUUUAAAGUAGACUAUUAAUCGUGGAGUUCCAUUUAUUAUUCAAUACCUUAAUUGUUACUUGUGAAAAUAUAAAAAUAUUCUAGUGUAAUGGAACAUAAGUUAUUCACUUACAUCUUCUGUAAUUAUAAGUAUUACUAUAAAUAUCGAUAAUGCAUUUGUCAUAAUAUACGAGCCUUGUACUAAACAAAAAAAUUAUAUUUGCACACAUGAAAGAAUGUAAAUUUAUUAUGAUCUAUUGUUGGACAAUAAGAAUUUCAAAAUAUCAUUUGCACUGAGGAAAAUUAUCUUGUGCGGAAUAUCUGACCAUAUACAUGACUCAAGCCAACGGGUUUUGCCUUUGUGAUGCAAAUGUAUGUUGGAAAUAAAAUAACUAAAACACUCUUUCAGAUCACUUACGCUUAUCUAGAAAGAUGUAAUUUGCAAUAAAGUUGAU